CAAAACAUCGUAUUGACAACCGACUUGCUUACUGCACGUGUUUGGUCCUUUAUUUUGGACGGUACGGGUUUUAGCAGUGAUUUGGAUUUAUUUUAAAGGAAAAAAAACUUGUGUAAAACAAAAAUGCCAGCCGUUGCGAAAAAGCCAGCAAAAGUAGCUGCCUCAAAGUCAGACGAUGCCUUGAAAAAGCCGAAGAAGCAAUCUCUGAAGAAAACCCAGAAGACGGCUGAAAUUUUAGCUGCCAAGAAAUUGUCUAAAUUGAAAUCGUCCAAAGCAAUUUCGGAUAAGCUGAAUCGUGCACCAGUUGUAAGGAGACAAAAGGCAAAGCAUCAAUUCGAUCCGACCCGAUUGAAUCGUGGUGUGGUGCUCAUUCACAACCUACCGAGAGGUUUCUUCGAGAAAGAGUUGAAAAAAUAUUUCACUCAGUAUGGCCGUGUGACACGAUUGCGUUUGGCCCGUUCGGAACAAACUGGAGGCAGCAAAGGUUAUGCAUAUAUCGAAUUCAAGUAUCCGGAAGUUGCAAAAGUCGCAGCCGAAUCAAUGAAUGGUUAUCUUAUGUUCCGGCAAAAAUUGCGAACCGUUUACAUUCCACCCGAAGAACAAGACCACGAUUAUUUCAAGCAACCGGUCAAGUUUGUCAAACAAAAACUGGGCAAAGUCAAAUUGGUCACACCGAAAACAGUUCGAGCUGCUAAAGCGGUAGCAAACUAUAAUAAACGUGUUUCAGACGAAGUCAAGGAAAAUCGUGUUGAACGCAGCAAAUACAAAUUGAAUUUCUUACAAAAGAAAUUGGCCAAAGCGGGAAUUGAUAUUGACCUCAGCAGUCAAUUGUAUACACCAGUCAAAAAGGUAGAUAAGGUUAAAAAGGAGGAAAAAGUGGAAAAAGUGGAAAAAGUGCAAAAAGUGGACAAGAAAGAAAAGGCACAGAAGAGGGUAGAGAAGGUAGAGAAGGUGGAAAAGAAAGUUCGCACAAAAUUCGUUACUCCACCAACCCCUGAACCGACUGAGAAGAAGAAGAAAUUGAAAGUUACAGAAGUGAUCGCUGAAAAGCCAAUCAAGUCGAAAAAGAAAGCCGAGGUCAGCGUCGAACCAGAGACACCAAAGAAAAAGAUCCGAACGAACUUUGUCACAGCUCCAACGCCCGAAGCAGUUCCAGAAAAGAAAAAAUCGAAACCUGCACCAAUUAGCUUGGAAAAACCAGUGAAAUCCAAGAAAAAGGCCGCUGCAAAUGUUGUCACUAGCGAAGUAGAGACACCAAAGAAGAAAGUUCGAACCAAUUUCGUUGCUGCACCAACGCCAGAACCAAUUGAAAAGAAAAAGAAAUCCAAACCAGCUGAAGUUAGCCUCGGUAAACCAGUCAAAUUGCAAAAGAAUGCUGACACGAAAAAACAAACGAAACCACAAAAAGUCACAGUCAGUUCCCCGAAAAAUAUCGCCCCAAAAAAGAAUAAGCAAUUGAAAAACAAAAAGAAAUAGUUAGGUGAAUUGACAGGGACUUUUAUAAUCAAAAUUGUUGCAUAAUACUUUUUUUUGAUUUUAUAUUCGAAAAAAAAAAACAAAUAUUUCUUUGAUACAUGUACAAGUUACUAAUCAUAUUCGUGAUUCAUUAAAAUAAAACAAUUGAAUGACGCAAUUGAAAUGACAAAA